UUAAGUCUGUUUUUUGUUUUCGGGAACAACAAAAAUACAAUCUCCCCAGUCCCCACAACACAAAAUCACAAGUCCCAAAAAACACUUUUCUUUGAAAACUGUUACCAGAAAUUCCUCACCUUUUUCCAUAUGUCACUGCACAUCUUCAAAGAAACCCUCAAGCCCUGCACCAAAAACCCAUCUUCGUCGUUGAAUUCCACAUCCAUAACCCAAAGCUUUGACCCCAUAAUCCCUAGAAAACCCCCAAAGUCCACUCUCUCUCAACAGCUUCUGCGCCUCCAAGACCCAGAGGAUCUGCCCCAACCCCAAAAACCACAUUGCUUACCUAACCAACAACCUCAAGGUCAUAGUGAUGAAGAAGAAAAGGAAGAGGCAGAAGAACCAGAUAGAUUUGGGAGACCCACCAAAUUGGGUCAGUUUCAGUUUGAGCAUACAGGACCCUUUGAGCCAUUGGUUCUGUCCUCACAGGGUGAAAUUCCAGUUGUACAGGUUCCCGCGGCUAUCAACUGUAGGUUGCUUGAACAUCAGAGAGUAGGCGUGAAGUUUUUAUAUAGUUUAUACAAGAACAACCAUGGAGGCAUUCUUGGAGAUGACAUGGGACUUGGCAAGACCAUUCAAACAAUUGCCUUCCUGGCUGCUGUAUAUGGUAAAGACAGAGAAGGUGUUGAUUCAACAAUAAUGGAUCAGGUAGGCAAAAAGGGCCCCGUACUAAUAAUUUGCCCCACUUCUGUUAUCCAUAAUUGGGAGGAUGAGUUCUCUAAGUGGGCAACCUUUAGUGUUUCUAUUUACCAUGGUGCAAACCGCGAUCUAAUAUACGACAAGUUAGAAGCACACGCAGUUGAGAUACUUAUUACCAGUUUUGACACAUACAGAAUUUAUGGCAGCAUCUUGUCUGAGGUUAAGUGGGAGAUUGUAAUUGUUGAUGAGGCACACCGGCUUAAGAAUGAAAAGUCAAAGCUUUAUGGAGCAUGUUUAGAAAUUAAAACCCCAAAACGUUUUGGUCUGACAGGAACUGUAAUGCAGAAUAAAAUAAUGGAAUUAUUUAAUCUCUUUGACUGGGUCGCACCAGGAUCCUUGGGAACAAGGGAACAUUUCCGGGAGUUUUAUGAUGAACCCCUCAAGCAUGGUCAGAGGUCAACUGCUCCUGAGAGAUUUGUUCGGGUUGCUGACAAGCGAAAACAGCACCUAGUGGCAGUUCUUCAGAAAUAUAUGUUGAGAAGGACAAAGGAGGAGACUAUUGGCCAUCUUAUGAUGGGAAAGGAAGAUAAUGUUGUGUUCUGUGCCAUGAGUGAAUUGCAAAAACGGAUUUAUAGUAGAAUGUUACAACUACCAGACAUCCAGUGCCUUAUAAAUAAGGACCUGCCAUGUAGCUGCGGAAGCCCUCUUACUCAAGUUGAAUGUUGCAAAAGGACUGUACCAAAUGGAGUAAUUUGGCCUUAUCUUCACAGGGACAAUCCUGAUGGUUGUGAUUCAUGCCCCUUUUGCCUUGUCCUUCCCUGCCUUGUUAAGUUGCAACAGAUAAGCAAUCACCUGGAGCUGAUUAAGCCUAACCAUAAGGAUGAUCCAGAUAAACAAAGAAAAGAUGCAGAGUUUGCCUCCGCUGUCUUUGGCCCUGAUAUUGAUUUGGCGGGAGGGAACACCCAAAGUGAGAGUUUCAUGGGCCUAAGUGAUGUCAAACAUUGUGGCAAAAUGCGAGCACUGGAAAAGCUAAUGCUUUCAUGGGUUUCGCAUGGCGAUAAAGUUCUUUUGUUCAGUUACUCUGUCAGGAUGCUGGACAUACUGGAAAAAUUUCUUAUACGCAAAGGAUACUGCUUCUCAAGGCUUGAUGGUUCCACCCCAACCAACUUGCGCCAGUCUCUAGUUGAUGACUUCAAUUCAAGUCCAAGCAAGCUAGUGUUUCUCAUAUCAACCCGAGCUGGUGGGCUUGGAUUAAAUCUUGUCAGUGCAAAUCGCGUUGUAAUAUUCGAUCCAAACUGGAAUCCCGCCCAAGACUUACAGGCCCAGGACAGGUCCUUUCGAUUUGGACAGAAGCGGCAUGUUGUGGUUUUUCGCCUUCUUGCAGCUGGUUCCCUUGAGGAACUUGUUUAUUCCCGUCAAGUGUAUAAACAGCAGCUAUCAAAUAUAGCCGUUUCUGGAAAAUUAGAAAAACGGUACUUUGAAGGUGUUCAGGAUUGCAAAGAAUUUCAAGGCGAGCUUUUUGGAAUCUGCAAUUUAUUUCGUGAUCUAUCUGAUAAGCUCUUUACCAGCGAAAUCAUCAAAUUACAUGAAAAUCAGGGACACAAACAUGGGGAUCAUCUUAGUAUGAAAAAGGGAUUAACUGAACUUGGAAACAAUUUUGUUUCAUCCAAGGAAGUGGGCGUUACAUUUUCAUCUGAGUCUGAAACCAGAGUGCCUAGUGACUCUGAGAGGGUUAAAAGAAGUAAACCAGUGCUUGAAGACAUGGGCAUUGUAUAUGCUCAUCGUAAUGAAGACAUUGUCAAUGCUGGACCUGGGAUUCAAGGGAAGUUGGAUAUAAGCAUCCCUCAGAAUGAUAGCCAUAUCCCUGCAGCAAGGAGGAGCAAACCAGAUGGCGUAAGUGAGAAAGAAAAUGUUCCUUCAAUCAAAGACCAGAAGAGAAGCCAAUACAGUCUCAUUGCUCGGUUCGCAGGUAUGGGAGAAUUUGAAUUUAGCAAGUGGUUACUUUCUGCAACUCCUUUGGAGAGGGAGAAAGUGCUUCGAGACUACAAAAAGAGGAAGGAGAAGUUACCUAAUGGUUGAAGCACUUCCUAGUGCAGAAACAAUUUUUUUCCCCAUCAGAUGUAUAACAAAUAGCUGUAACUGUUUAAUGUACAUUGUUGUAUCAUAAAGAUCUAUUUUCUUUUUCUUUUCUUUUUUUUAAUUUUUGUAUAGCAUUCCAUGCUUGUAAUAUUUGAAUGUAAUACCUCAGAUAGAUUAGUAACUACACUCAUUUAGCUGUUUUCCAGUUAUUCAACUUUUCUGAAAAUUGCGUUGAACUUGACAAUACUGAUUUAUCCA